AUGUGGGGAGCGCUGGACGCCCCGCGGGGCCACCCCGUUCCCCCCUGCUUGCUGCCGGUGACCUGGCUCCUGGCGCUGCACGCAGGUCUGCUGGCAGGGGUGAACAUAACCAGCCCCACGCCGCUGGUGCGGGGCACAGCGGGCAAGGCGGCGCUGCUCUCGGUGCGCUACGCCAGCGCCAGCGCCGACAAGCCCGUGGUGAAGUGGCAGCUGAAGAGGGACAAGCCUGUGACCGUUGUGCAGUCCAUCGGCACCGAGAUCAUCGGCAACCUGCGGCCCGACUACCGCGACCGCAUCCGCGUUCUGGAGAACGGCUCCCUGCUGAUCAGCCCCCUGCAGCUGGCCGACGAGGGAGCCUAUGAGGUGGAGGUGUCCAUCACCGACGACACCUUCACCGGCGAGAAGACCAUCAACCUCACCGUGGACAUCCCCAUCUCAAAGCCACAAGUGCUGGUGGCCUCCUCAACGGUGCUGGAGCUGAGUGAGUUCUUCACGCUCAACUGCUCGCACGAGAACGGCACCAAGCCCACCUACACCUGGCUGAAGGACGGGCGGCCGCUCAGCAACGACUCCCGCCUGCUGCUCUCCCCCGACCAGAAGAUCCUCACCAUCACCCGUGUCCUCAUGGCUGAUGACGAUGUCUACAGUUGCCUGGUGGAGAAUCCCAUCAGCCACGGCCGCAGCGUUCCCGUGAAGCUCACCGUCUACCGUCGGAGCUCCCUCUACAUCAUCCUCUCCACUGGUGGCAUCUUCCUCCUUGUCACCCUGGUGACUGUUUGUGCCUGUUGGAAACCCUCCAAGAAGGACAAGAGGCAAGCGGAGACCCAGCCAGCCUCGGAGUACACGGAGCAGGACGAGGAGCGCCUGAAGCACGAGACCGAGGGCAUCCCGCGGAGCGGUGAGCACGAGCGCAAGAACCCAGUGGCCUUGUACAUCCUGAAGGACAAGGACUCGCCGGAGGCAGAGGAGGACUCCCCGCCCGAGCCCCGUGGCCCCGUGGAACCGGCUUACAGCAGCACGCCGCUACCGGCGGCCGGCCGCUCGCCGGGGCCGGUUGGGCGCUCGACUCGGCGCUACCAUCGCUCCCCCGCUCGCUCCCCGGCCUCGGCGCGGCCGCACAGGUCCCCGCCAGGCUCCCCGGCGCGGGCGCGUGGGGCCCCGCGGCUGCUGCGGACUGCCGGCGUCCACAUCAUCCGGGAGCAGGAGGAGGCCAACGCCGUGGAGAUCAGCGCCUGA